AUGGUCGAUGCCCAGAUCCUCGCUGAAGUUUCCGAGUACUUGAGGACGAAGAUGGAAAAUCAUACAAAGAGGAAAAGUCAGAACAAGAUGGAAGGAUUGUUUACCAUGCAGAUCAAAGUACAGUUUCCAGAGUUGGAAUUACCAGACUUUGAGGGCGAUAUGGUGAAAUUCCCAGAAUUCUGGGGAUUAUACCAGCUGGCAGUACACAAUAAUGCAGCGAUUGCACCCACGGCAAAAUUUGCAUACCUGAAAAACAAACUAGAAGGUACGGCCCACGACAUCAUUGCCUCAAUUACUAUGUCAACAGAAAACUAUCCCCAGGCUAUUAAUCUUCUGCUUAGUACAUAUAACAAACCAGAUGAUUCGCGAAAUAGGCUUGUAGAACAGUUGGAGGGACUAUCCCCAGCUGGAAAGCCUGUCAAAGAACAACGUGUUACAUUAUGCAAAGUUAAAGCGAUAUGGAGUCAGCUAGCCACUUUGAAAGAACGAAUUGGCUGCAAGACCAUCAGAUCCAAGUUCCCGAGAAAGUAA